AAAAUUAUUGAAACAUCGUAAAUUUCUUGUAUUGAAUUAAAUCAUGAAGGAUUAAUCCAAUGUGUUGAACGAUAUAGACGAGGUAAUUAAGUAAUAUGAGUGCAUUUAAAGGUGCAAAUUCUGCACAGAAAAUUCGUUACACUCCCAACCAUGGCAUGCCAUUAAAGCGAUUGGACCUCGAAGCACUUAAAAGAGAACUUUUUGAAAGCAGUGAUGAAAGCGACGGUGACGAAGACGAUGGGAAAAGUACCCAACAAGUUGAUUCAGCAAUUGGAUCUAAUUUGAAUCCACCUAGUAUCAGAAAAUCAGAAUCCACUUCUACAGAAUCAAGAUUACUUUUCUCCACCCAAAAGUCGUGCGUGAAAGAUAAUAGCACAUCUGGACGUGUAAGUGCUUUUCAGAAAUGUUAUCCUCAUCAACCAACGCGGCUUCGUUUGAAUUUCCAUUCCAACAAAGAAGAUUCUCUGCCGACGAACAAAGGGUAUUGUGAUUAUGACGAUCAACUCAUAUCGGAGGUUGAUUCCGCUUUGGAAAAUAACUUAAAUUUCUCUUGUUACCUAAAUCCCGAAUCUAGUUUUAACAAGCCUGAAUCGGACUCGAAUCGUUUACGCUCAUUCGAAAGAAUAACAUGGUCACAUAACAAAGAAAACAGACCUAAGGAACUAAACAGUGCAAUUCUGUCGAGCUCUAAACAACGUGUAGUCGAUGAAGCAAAUCAAAAUGUUUUCCAAUUAUCCAAACGGACAGUCAAUGAUAAAACAUUUCGUAAAAUCGUUGUAAACAAAGUGCAGUAUUUAGUUCUUAAUUUAUUGGGUAUGGGCGGUACCUCGAAAGUAUAUCAGUGUUUUAACGUAGACAAAAAAGACGUUGUUGCUAUAAAAUGUAUAUCCUUAAAGAACAUGCAAGAGGGCCAGAAUCUCAUUGACGAAAUUAAAUUGUUACAAAAACUUAAAAAUUGUCUGAGGGUGAUCAAAUUGUUCGAUUACGAACAAUUACCUGAGGAGUUGCUGUUGGUCUUGGAAAAAGGCGGUGUUAAUUUAAGUUCAGUAUUAAAAAAGACUGUUGCUCAGAAACGGAACAUUCCUUAUUACAAGCUUGUAUUUUAUUGGAUGGAAAUGCUGCAAGCUAUGAAAGAAAUACACGAUAAUGGGGUUAUACAUUCCGAUAUAAAGCCUUCGAAUUUUCUUGUCGACGGUCAAGGUUUGAAACUCAUUGAUUUUGGAAUAGCCGCCUCUGUUCAAAGUGAUGAUGCCUUGUGCAUAGUAAAGCAGGUUCCGGAAGGAUCACCUAAUUAUGUGUGUCCGGAGGCUUUACGGAAUAUUUCGACCGAGCCAGGUAAAUUUAAAUACGCCAUUUAUUACAAAUCUGAUGUAUGGUCUCUUGGUUGCAUUCUGUACGAACUUGUCUACAAAAUUCCGCCAUUUUAUCACUUAAAAACAGUGCAGGCCAAGUUGUCUUCCAUUCAGGAUCCAAAUUAUAAAAUAAAUUACCCUGAAGUUGAUUGGUUACCACCGAAAAUAAUUAAUACCAUUAAAAAAUGUUUGCAAUAUAAUAUUCAGUAUAGGCCUUCGAUAGCUGAAUUAAUUAAGGAAUAUGAGCAAUUUUAAAUGCCACUAAGUAUUAGUAGGCUUACACACUAUUUUAUUUAUUUUUGUACAGGGUGUUUCAAAAGUUAACGUGCAACCAGUAUAUCUGAUAAAUAUAAAUAUCUUACCUGUAAAACACUUUUGAAACUCCCUACAUUUUAUAUCAUCUACAAAUUGUUUUAACAAAUCUUUUAAUUUAAGUUAAAUUUUAUUUUUUAUUGUUGCUUUAAUACUCUUAUUACUUUUAUUACCCAUUGUAUAA